CUAGUAGAGGUGCGGGAAAUACUAGGAUGAACAAGAUAGGAGGACAUCACCAUGUUGAGCAUCAUCCUCAUCGGUCUACGUCCGCACACUCACAGCACUCACCGGAGGGAGGAGUUCGGUCUAAGAACAAGGGCAAUCCUCCUCAGAACUACCAUUACCCUGAAUCUUCGGCUUCGGAUUCCUAUGGGGCAGAUACAUCGGAAAUGUCGGAUUUCAGUGCAAGAGGGCCGGCUCCGGGUCCAUC